UGAGGAAUUUUGAAGGAUAAAAUUUUUAAUUUAUUUAAGAUGUGAAAAUCUUGAUGGAGAAGGAAAUUGGAGUUGGUGAAGAGGCUGGAAAGGGAGUUGAAAACGAAGUUGAAGUGGGCGUUGGCCAUGGAAUGGGAGUUGAAAAUGGAAAGGUUGUCAAAGGAGUUGAAAAGGUUGCCGAUGAAGUAGCCUUGAAAGGAGUUGGAGGAGUUGAAGAAGUUGAUGGAAAUGGAGUUAAAGGUGGCGAAGGAAAUGGAGGUGAAGGAGGCGAAGGAAAUGAAGGUGGAAAUGGAGGUGAAGGAGGAAUCAAAGGAGUUGAAGGCGGUGAUGGAAAUGGAGGUGAAGAAGUUGAUGGAAUUAAAGGUGGAAAUAAAGGUGAAGGAGGAGUCAAAGGAGUUGAAGAAGUAGACGAAAAGGAAGUUGAAGAAGAGGUUGGAAAGGAAGUUGAAAAUGAAGUUGAAGAAGGUGUUGAAGGAGGUGAUGAAAAGGAAGGAGAAAAUGGAGUUGGAGGAGGCGAAGGAAAUAUAGGUGGAAAUGGAGUUGGAGGAAGAGUUGAAGGAGAUGAAGAGGAAGAUGAAAAGGAAGUUGGUGAAGAGGUUGUAAAGGAGGUUAAAAAUGAAGUUGAAGAAGGUGUUGGACAUGGAAUUGGUGAAGAAAAUGGAAAGGUUGGUGAAGGAAUUGAAGAAGUUGUUGAUGAAGGAGCUGGGAAGGGAGUUGGAGAAGUUAAAGAAAGUGAUGGAAAUAAAGGCGAAAAUGAAGCUGAAAAUGGAAUUGGAGGAGGAAUAAAAGGAGUUCAAGAAGUAGACGAAAAGGAAGUUGAGGAAGAGGUUGGAAACGAAGUUGGAGAAGGAAGUGAAAAGGAAGAUAAGAAUGUGAAUGUAAAUGGAGUUGGAGGAAAUAAUGGUAAGUUAAUCUAG